GGCUGAGCCUUGCUUGUUCCGAACAUCCAUCGUCGUUCCUCAGAGUUCCCGAGUUCCCAGGCCCAUCCUCUCCAAGGGCCGCCAGAUCCAUCGACGCGCUGUACCCCGCUCAUCGCGUAAAGUGUGGCGCGCCUCAUCAAUAUUCGACGCACGCGAGAAGCACGCUGUGAUUGAGAGCCAAGAGCGCGAAUGAGCGGUCCCCCUGUCCCUCCGAGACCCUACGGAUAUAGCUCGCCUCCGCCAGUCCCGCCACCACCUCCCCCACCUCCUCCGUCGAUCGGGCGCCAUACUUCGAUCGCAUCUCCCGUGCCAACAAAGUACGACCCACAGCUCCCUGCCAACGUGCGUAUCACAUUCGCCAGAAAUUUCUUCACGUCAUUCCGUCGCUUCUUGUCCGCGACUACCACCGUCCCGUCGUCCACUUCACUUCCACCCACUGUCCUUACGGUUCCUACCUUAAUCAUGGCUUCCACCCCCGUCGGCGCUAUAUUCCCGAGUUCUCGCUAUUCUACAUAUCCUAUGCAAGAGCCGUACAUAUGCAUCCCUCCCCGCUUCCAAUCCGCGUCGCCCGUUUCGAUUGUAUCUACUCGCAGCGCGCCCGCCCCCAUCUCCCAAGUUCAGGCCGUCCGCAAACCGCUCAUUCACCACGCCCAUCCACAGAUGGCCCAAACUCUGGAUGAUACAAUGCGUCACAAGUCGCCUCAGCCGUCAGUUAUGUCGAGUGGUUCCCUGAAUUAUACCCCUGGCUUCGCCAUGCCGUCCUAUCCACCCCAACCCUACCCUAACCAGCCCGGCCCGCCGCCGCCGCCGCCUCAAGGCGAAUGGACUCCAUGGGCUGGUGUACAGGGUCGUCCUCCGCCUCCGCCACAAACCACUUCGCCUCUCUCUCCACCCGCCUUCCCGACUGUAUCCGCGAGCAUGCAGCAGAACGCGCCGCUUGUUCAGUCAAUGCAGAACCUGUCCUUCGAGCCGCAGGCGCCGCGGGCUCCUCAACGUGUCACGUCGGCCAUUUACGACGCGCCGGUUCCUCAGCCGAGAGUACCCUCUCCGCCACGGAACGUGGUCGGGAAGGAUGGGUUGCUGCAGAUCACUAUGCCGCUGCCGUCUAUCCCGACGCUGCUCGCCGCAAUGCCGACAGUGUCGCAGCCGACACACGACCCGGCACUGCAGAUGGCGUUCGUGCGCGACGUCUUCAUCCUCCUCGCACAGGAGUACCCCGCACUCCUGCAGAGCAACUCGGGCAUGAUCACGCUCGAGAACGACGACCUGCAGACCCUGCUCAUUGCCUCUGUCGACAUCAUCAAUCGCCUCGCUGCGAUGCAGACGCAGCCCAUCACGCCGCCCGUGGCGGAAGCGCUGUUCCACCGUGCAAUGCUCUCCGCGAGCGGCGCGUUCCCCUCACUCGCUAAACAUAACCCGCGCAGCGCGUUCCGUGAGUUCGAGAUGGCAGCGAAGAACGGGCAGCCUAAAGCGUGGUUCCGCCUCGGGCGCGACUACGAGGCGUUCAACGACGAGUCGCGAGCGAAGGACUGCUUCGAGCGCGGCGCGCGCGCUGAGGAUGAGGCAUGCCUCUACCGCCUUGCGAUGGCACACCUUUUGGGCCAGCUCGGACUGCCGGCGAACCCGAGCGCGGGCGUGCCGCUGCUACACCGCUCGGCGAUGCUGACAUCGCUCAUGUGUCCGCAGCCGGCGUAUGUGUAUGCGCUACUGCUGCUGGGGGAGUUCUCGCAGCUUCCUCAACAGCUGCCGCAUACGGCGUUCUUGCCGUUCUUGCCGCCACCGACAAGCGACAGUGCGCAGGUGCCUGGGGGGCCGAAGGCGGAGCUGGAAUACAGGUGCCAGCAGGAUGCGAAGAAGAUGCUGGAGCGGAGCGCGUAUGUUCACUUUCCGCCUGCGCUCUACAAGCUCGGGCACUGCUACGAAUUCGCGAACCCGCCAAACGUCUUCCCCUUCGACCCCUUGUUGUCAGUGCAGUACUACUCGCUCGCCUCGCAGAAGGGCGAGGUGGAGGCGGACAUGGCACUGAGCAAGUGGUUCUUGUGCGGGAGUGGGGAUGUCGGGAAUGGUCAAGGGUUUGCUAAGGAUGAGGCUUUGGCAUACACUUUCGCACGGAAGGCCGCCCAGAAGGGCCUUCCGAGUGCGAUGUUCGCGUUGGGCUACUACGCGGAAGUUGGCAUCGGUCAGAGGGGCAAGAAGGACCUUGACGAGGCGCGGAUGUGGUAUGCUAGGGCUGAGAAGGCUGGCAACACAGACGCUGCCGAGCGCCUGGCCGCCCUCUCCAAGCCCGGCGGCGGCUCCGGUCUUACUAGGCAAGAGCACGACACCAUCACCGAGACCAAGCUCGUGCGGAAGCGCACUCAGGCGAAGCAGCGCUCCGACGCCGCCACCGCGCAGCAGCAGCAGCAAGGCGGCGGCCGAGGACAGCGCCCGCCGCCCACCGCUGGGUCCAGCGGUCGCAUCAUCGAGAGCGUCCGCAAGAACAGCAUCCCCGCCAGCGGGUACUCGGGGUCGGUGGCGAGCGGGCCCUCGGUGGGCACGGGCGUGGGGCAGGUCUUUCCGGGCAGCGGCGGCUACCCCGCGAGCCCGCAACCGUCGAUUCCGGCGCCGCGCCCCGUGAACUCGCCGCCGAGCUCGCACGCGAGUAGCCCGCAGCCGUAUAACGCGAGCGCGCCGGGGACGCCGUUGGCCAUGCCGGGGACGCCUGGUACGCCGGGCGCCCAGCCGCAGUACAACCCGGGCGCGGCGCGCUUCCAGCUAACGGACCCGGGCACGGUGCCGGGGGCGCGGAAGGCGAGCGGGGCAAUUGAUACGGGGGCGAGCGAGGCGCAGAAGCCGAAGCCCAAGCCGGGGCCGCAGACAUUCGCGGAGAUGGGCUUCCAGGGGGCGAGGGCGGAGGAUAAGGAGUGCCACAUCAUGUGAGUGGAGGAUGCAGAUUGGCGUGUUUGCGACGAGUAGAGGCGCCGAGGACGAGGACGAUUCGCUGGUGCCUCUGUCCUCUUCUCUAGCGUCCCAGUCGCAGAAGGGUUGUCGACUCACCUCGCCGCAACCGACCCCCGACGCUCUAAUUUUCGCUGUAUAUCCUUUGUUCUUCUCCUCGACACGACACGCUCUUUGGAUGGUGGAUGGGUGGAUACCGAUCUUCUGCCUUGGAAUUCAAGCAACUCAUGCCCUUCUCGAGGGCGCUUACCUUACACAUACCUACACACGCAGAUAAUUACCGUCCGUGACGAAAAUGUACAAACAUCCCAAGCACAUUUAAGGAGGAUCUUUGGCUUGAAGUUGACCUCCACGGGUCGUAAUAUGCUUUGACCGAUUC